AGGUAAAAAAUAUGUCAACUAUUUUAAAUCCAAUGGCUUCACUGGUGACAUGUAAUAGAAACAAUGGAGGUUGAUUCAACGAAGCAUCGAUCGUCUGGUUUAGAAGUCGCCGUCAAAGAGAUUGAUAAGAAACUUCUUAGCCCUAAAGUCAGAGAUAAUCUUCUUAAAGAGAUUUCGAUCCUUAGCACAAUCGAUCAUCCUAAUAUCAUCCGAUUCUACGAAGCAAUCGAGACUGGAGAUAGGAUAUUUCUUGUGUUGGAGUAUUGUAGUGGAGGUGAUCUUGCUGGGUAUAUCAAUCGCCAUGGGAAAGUACCUGAAGCUGUUGCUAAACAUUUUAUGAGGCAAUUGGCUUUAGGGUUACAAGUACUUCAAGAGAAGCAUUUUAUUCACCGAGAUUUAAAGCCUCAGAAUUUACUUUUAUCGUCCAAGGAAGUUACUCCAUUGCUAAAGAUAGGAGAUUUUGGGUUUGCUAGGUCUCUAACACCGGAGAGCAUGGCGGAAACAUUUUGCGGUUCUCCAUUGUAUAUGGCUCCAGAAAUUAUCCGGAACCAAAAGUAUGAUGCUAAGGCUGACUUAUGGAGUGCCGGUGCGAUUUUGUUUCAACUUGUUACUGGGAAACCACCUUUUGAUGGAAAUAAUCACAUACAGCUUUUUCAUAAUAUUGUGAGAGACACUGAGCUGAAAUUUCCUGAAGAUACGAGGAAUGAGAUUCAUCCAGAUUGUGUUGAUCUAUGCAGAAGUCUUCUCCGCCGAAACCCAAUUGAACGCUUGACAUUUCGAGAGUUCUUCAAUCACAUGUUCCUUCGAGAGCCAAGACAAAUGCCGGAUGUUGUGCCUUCUGGUUCUACUACCUCUACGGGGAAAUCAUCGUUGCCCUCCGCACAACCGAGUACUAGUACAAACCGUUUUAAAUCAAGUGCAGAGAAUGUUCACAAACAUGGGAGUUCCUCCAGUGCCUCAAAUUCUCAAAUUUCAAUGCCACAUAUCUCUUUUGAGAAGACUAGAAAAGACACUGAGGGACAAUGCUCAUCAAACCAAUCUGGAGUUGUUGACUCACUUGAGCUGAUAGAGCGAGAAUAUGUUCUUGUAAACCGUCCUUCUGCCUCGCUGGAAGGGUCAUCAGAUUGUUUCGACACAUCAUUGCAAGAUUCCGGUUUUCCUAAUAUCUUACCCAGGAAUGAAAAAGUUUCAUCAAGUUCACUUGAAGCACAGAGACCAUUAUCUGAUGUGUCAGGUUCACGACCAGCAAGCGUAUCAUAUCUGCUAACAGAAGUACAACGCUUAACGAUUGUCCAUCCUCCAACUAAGCUCCAACUUUUGCAUCAGUAUGCACAAGCACUCACAGAACUAGCUCGCGAGAUGGGCAACACAGGGCAGGUAAAGGAAUCUUUUGCUGUUACGCUCGUCGUUUUAGCUGUCUGGAGAAAAGCCUUAGAGAUAUGUGAUUCUUGGAUGAUCUCCGUUGGAGAGGAUAAUGUGAGCCCAGAACCAACCACAGCUCCUGAGACUUCAAUUCCAGAUUUAAAUUCACCUGCACCAGCUAAAACUUGGGUGACACAAGAGUUUGUUACUGCUUUUAACCAAGCCGAGAAUUCAUCAACUCAACUAAACGAAACAAGCGCUGCCACUCAUAUGCCUGACGCCAUGGAAACAAUAUACGAGAGGGCACUAGCAUAUGGCAAGAGUGGUGGGGCUGAAGAAUAUUUGAGUAACAAAGAAAGUGCAGCAACAUUAUACAAGAAAGCAAUUCUUCUACUCUCCUUUAUAAUCGAGGAAGCAGUGACUCUAUCUCUAAACCCUCCUUUCUCAUUAACCCCUGACGACAAGAAGCGGAUUCUCUACUACAUCUCUAACUUGCAGCAUCGUCGGUCUCAUCUUUAGCGAAAAUCGACCGCGGGCAUUGUACAUAAGAAACUUUCCUGGCUCUGGCUUGAGUCAAGUCUAUAACAUUUGUGGCUUUUCCUUAUACUCUCUUGAAAUUUCGAAAUGGUUACACUCUAUAUUGAUGAUGCUGUGACCAAAAGUAUUUGCCUCCCCCAUUGUAUAGUGCCAAUAUCAAUAAUAGCUUAAGAUACCA